UGCCCAGUGGUUGCAGUUGCUGAUGAUUUCACGGCAACAGCAGUGAAACACAGACUGCGCUCCGAUAGCUGGUUACUGAAUGAAAUACUGCAAAUGGGUGGAAAGAAAAAAGACAGCAUGUGAGCGUCAGAGAGACACAGAGAGGGAAGCUGAGAGCAAGGAAAGUGCUGUGUCUCAAGGAGUCUCCCAGGUGUACUGCAGAAGCUUUUCGGAAAUGGAUGCAAGGACCAUCUGCUGCCUAUAGCUUAGAGGGCUGUAGACGAGGAGUGUAGAGGAAGAGCUUAUGGCUCUUUUGAAUAAAAAUCGAAGUUCUGCAUAACUGAUUCAUCAAGAUAAAUCAUGAGUAUGCACUUGCAUGGAAUAUUAAUCUCUAAAUCCAUGCCACAGAUAGACAGCCUACAUUGCUAUAAAAAAUAAACCCAGCAACAAUGCAGUGAAUAAAUUCUGCAGUGAUUAUCUGGUUUACGUACGCAGAAAAAGAGAAGCAAAACAGAGACAGCUCUUAUCGCACUGUGACAUUUGCAAGGCACUGCAUUUAAUGUUGAGAGAUGCUAUGCAUUAAAUCUGACAACUGUGAUAAGAGAGAUCAUGGAGAAGUCAAGUAGUGAGGAUUCUUCUAUUCACCGGAGUCCAUCUUUGGAUAGCAAAGACUCAGAUUUUGCUAAACCUUCUACCUCAGGGAGGCAAUUUGGUCGAGGUUUUACUGCUGGAGCUUUCUAUGGUACAACUGGAUCACGCACACAGAGCCGCACUGGGAUCGGAACCGGGACUGGCGUUGGGACUGGGACUGGCAUAAAAACUGACAAAUACAGUGCGCCCAAAGGCAGCAAAUACGUGGUCUUUUACCUGGAUCUGUCCUUUGUUUUCCUUUUAGAAUUUAAGAAGUGCAACAUGGCAAGAGGCUGCCUGUGUUGUUUGAAAUACAUGAUGUUCCUUUUCAAUUUAAUGUUUUGGUUAUGUGGCUGUGGGCUGCUGGGUGUGGGCAUCUGGCUGUCAGUGUCACAAGGAAACUUUGCUACAUUUUCUCCUAGCUUUCCGUCGCUUUCAGCUGCCAACCUCGUCAUUGCCAUUGGCACAGUCAUCAUGGUGACAGGCUUUCUGGGCUGCCUAGGUGCUAUCAAGGAAAACAAGUGCCUCCUGUUGAGUUUUUUCAUCGUUUUGCUGAUAAUUCUCCUGGCAGAGCUGAUAUUACUUAUUUUGUUCUUUGUUUAUAUGGACAAGGUCAGUGAGAGUGCAAAGAAGGAUUUGAAAGAAGGUAUGAAGCUAUACAAUUCAGAAAAUAAUGUUGGACUGAAAAAUGCAUGGAAUAUCAUUCAAGCAGAGAUGAAAUGCUGUGGAGUGAAUGACUUUACAGAUUGGUACCCAGUGCUAGGAGAAAACGCUGUCCCCGACCGCUGUUGCACAGAAAACUCCGAAGACUGUGGACGGAACUCCACUGAACUAGUGUGGAAAACGGGAUGUUAUGAGAGAGUUAUGACCUGGUUUGAUGAGAAUAAGCAUGUUCUUGGUUCGGUUGGGAUGUGCAUCCUCAUAAUGCAGAUUCUUGGCAUGGCCUUCUCCAUGACACUCUUCCAGCAGAUUCACAGGACUGGCAAAAAAUAUGAUGCCUAAAGCCUCUGAAACAUUAUCACAUCCUUCUGUCUCAUCAUAUAAAUGAACAAAAGGAAUGACUGCAAAGAGUAUCAUGCCUAGCCCUGCUGAGGAAAUCCAUCCCAUUGACUUUGUUGUUACUUGUCCAGUUACUAUCACAACUUGUCGACUCAUUCUUUUGUCUGUUUCACAUUUGCCGUUUAUUUGCCAAAGAGGGGAGAAACCCCCAAACAAAUGGAUUUUCUACACAAAAUCAUAGAUCUGCUCUGAGAAUGUUUCUUAACUUAAGAAAAUGUUUUCCUCUACUAAUCCAUGCUAUAUGUGCAAAAGUUAUGUGUUUUCAACUUCAAGGGAGAAUCUCCAAAGUCUUUUCCAUUAAGUUUUCAACCCUCAUGCCCAAUUUACUGGAAGACUCAGCAAAGCUACUCUGAGAGUCCUAGGAAUUGGAGCUGCUUUGCUUUGCAGCUUCUUCUUCUACCUUAUGGUGUAUACUUUUUUGUUAUGAUAAUUAUGAUGAUGAUUAUAAUGAUGGAUAUAGCUUAGAAUUUAGUUGCCUGACUUAUAACUUCUGGGUUUGGUUUUACACAUUUAUUGUACAUUCAUUUGGGAACCACUGUGCGAUCUUCAGCUGACAUGUUUUUCAAAGCUGACAGUUGAUGCAGGUAAAUAACUUUUCUCAAGUCCAUGGGGGGGGGGUAUCAUCUACCUUUAUCAGGGCCUUGAUGUCCUUACUGUAAGAGAGGUUUUCUUUUCAAAUCAGAGGUUCUUUCCUCAGAUGGAGUAUAAAGUCUUCCCAUUGGACCAGAUGGUGAGCUUCCCUACUUCUGUGAGGCAAAAUUCCACUGCCUUUAGUAACCCAAAGCAGUGUCAUGCUGUUUUGAAAGCUAAAAAUACUGAAUAAGCAAGUUACUGCUCCCUGGCACGAAGGAGAGAGAAUUGCAGUCUACCCUACUGGCCAGCUGUCAGCAGACUUCACAGAUUGUGUUGUCUGCUUCAUAAAGUUUGCCCAAGGCAUGGCGUACUGCUAGAUAUGAAAGAAGGGCAUGGCAAUUUAGUAGCAGUAUCGUUAUGCCAUGCCCUCUCUGAAGGGGUUUCCUGAGGCAGGUGACAGCUGUCUCCCUGAGCUGGAAAAGGUUUGAUUAAAGGUAACUGGAUGAUGCAGGGAAGGGACAAUGUCCAAAACAGCGUUUAGAGACAGUAUGUGUUGUCACACCAUCAGUACAGAAUUGCUUCUUGCUGACAGAUUGCCAAGACCAUCCAAUGGGGUAAGUUCACUGCAAUGCAUAUUUUUACCAACAUUCCUGUUAGAAAACUUCUCCUGUUAGAAAACAUUUCUCUAGUUUGCUGCUUCAUUGCAAGCAGACCCCAUUUACCUUUUGCUCCAGGUUUUUACUGUUUUGAGAAGGAAGAAGGAAAGGCUUAAACAUUGGAGGAUGUACUGGUUUAACUCCAGGCAGGACACUUAGCUCUGAAAAAAACCACUGCUUUUUGUAUUAGCAGCAGUAAGAAGUAACCUUCAGAGGUUACCUCAUCCAAUGUCACUCUUAAAGGAGUACUGUCAUCUAUGCGAGAUGGGGUUUACUCUGACAUUAUUGGGCUGAGUUUCAGAAACUAUUGAGGAUGGAGGUUGUGUGCCUUUCAGAGCCAUGCCAUGUCAAACUACUCCUCUGGUAAACAAGUUUCUCUUAAUGUCCACUCUGAAUGUUUAUACUUUAAACUCUUGAAAGAUAUAAUUUUCAUUGUAUCAUUCAGCCUAUCAUUUCCUUGUGGGCUUAAAUAGCUGUUAAGCCAUUUCAUAUCUGGCAGAUUUUAGUUCCCUGUUUAUCUUCCUAGUAGGUCCUGCAUGCGUCUGUACAUCUGGCAGCAAUAGUGUUUUGUGUGGCCUACGUGUCACUUUUUUGAGUUCCUUUGAAAUCAGUGUGACAGGAAGGAGUGUGAAUGUGUGAAGACAGAGAUGAAUUUUGGUGUUGCAGUGAAGAUUACUAAUCUUAGAGCAUGGCCCUUGCCCAUAUGAGUGUAAUGCCCAGAGAUUCACAGGGCUUUUGUUUCCCAUCAAUGCAGACAAUGUCAUAUGGGUUCAGCUAUUUCACUUGGAUUGCCUUUGAAAGAGGGAAGAAGUGAAGAGAAAGCACAAAAACUGAAUCCAGUUUUACUUCCAUUUCUAAGAAAAAAUGGGACCAGAAGCAUCUGAGCCCCACUGGAAAGGGUUGUUGAAGAAGGGGCUCUGAUGUCCAGUGUACUUGCUGCUACAUGUAAGACUGUAUACAAAGUUGCCAAGAUGUGUUCCCAUUUUUGCAAGAAAAGAUAAGACAAUUUUCAUCUGAUGGCUCUACUACAUUCUCCCUUUGGGCAGAGGUGCUUAGCUUUCUCUAGCAUUCUCUGGUGUUCAAAAAGAGCAGAGUGCAUGCAGAAGCAUCAUCUCUGUCAUUUUGGACCGCACAGUGGUAACUGCUGCAUCUUAAAUUCUAAUCUGCAGUCAGUUUUUGUACAAAAUAUGGUAAAAUAUAUUAGUGAAAGUAAUAAGGAAAUUUUUAUAACUCAGAGAUGAAAUGUGCAGUUGCAAACUCAGCUACUUUGCCUUCCAUCCAAACUUAUUUUUCUGUAAAGCUUCAUUCCAUUUCACGAUCUAGCAGCAUAGAUCCUGAAAUCUCUUUUUAAGGACUACUUUUGGCAUUUUAAACACAGUGUUGAGAUAUUUACACAAGCUUCAUUUAUUCAUCUCUCUGAAGCCACCUACAGGAAGGGAGUCAAAAGCAGGGCUGAUUUGUGUCUCUAGCUGACUCUGUGAUGUAGGAGGUGAUGACAAGACAUCCUGAAAGGAGCAGAAGAGUAAUGCCAUUUUCAAGGCAACAAAAAACAGCCCUGGAAAGUGUGUGGCUUCAUCAGUCAGUCAGAGAAGGCACUAACUGACCUGUAAACUGGUCAAAGGGAGCGUUGGCUCGUGUAUGAAUGCACUUUUACUUGCUUAUGCUGGUGGGUGGCUGGCUGUGCAUUUUCCUCAAAUGUCACUCUGAUUAUUUAACUAUAAGUUUUUAGCAUGUUUUUAAAUAAAAACUGAUACUGAGUAAAACUAUCUUUAAUAUACACAAAUAUUGAUUUGUAUAAAUGCAUACCUCUCUCCAGUUGAUGAAAGCACAGUUCAAGUGUGUGAAAGUGCUGUUUCUCUGAGCGUUCCUUCAGACUCAGAGAAAUACCUGCUGUCUCACUGUGCUUCAUGCUCAGAAGUUGCAGAAGAACUUGAGCAGAGGUACAACAGGACAAUUGCUUCAAGAACCUCUACUUGAAAACUGUUGAUGUGAUAGCAGUGACUUCUGUUCCCUUCUGGUAGUACCAGGACUGCUAGUAAUAGAAGCCCCAGUGGAGGGUGUUUAAAGGGAAUGCCCAUAGCUAAGUACCUUGUGAGAUGAUAAAAACAAUGAUGUGAACAUCUCCAAGAUGACAGAAGAUGGUCAUGUUAGGCUAAUUCUCGUAUCCUGCCUGUGUCCACCCUGCAUUUGUAUGUAUGACAUACAAACUCACACACAGGAAGGGUGCGAGCAGAGGGCAGCUGAACUGAUCUGCAUGGUAUUUCUUGGGCAAUGUAUUGGUCAAGCACAGAAAAGGGAAGGAGGAAAAGAAUGUUUUCCCAGCAGAUAGUUCUUGGGAGCAGCAUGGAAUAGGGAACACCUAAUUCUGAUGUAAAUUCUUCCCAUGGAGUUGAGCAGCUUUGUCCUGUAGCUGGCAUGGGGAAACCUGGAGAAGUUUGCCUAUGGGUUAGCCAUCUGUUGUGCAGUAGAUAGUAAACACUAUGAAACAACAUGCCAUUCCCACCAGGUGAUGUUUGCACCAGUGUUUCUUCUAUGCAAUACCACCUUUAUUAAAAGAUUUUUACUAGGAUGAUAUAAAAAUAAAGGAUUUUUUAA